GUGGAGGAACAAAUAACCUUUUUCCAGCAACUGCCGCUAUUGAAGAGAGCACAAGUUUUCUAUUGUUUAAAGAUAUUGGCAUCACACGAGUCCAUGCUUCUCAUUUAAAUCUGUUUGUCAGUCCACGUCUGCUGUAUAUCAAUGCGUCGUAAGUACCGAGUCAAUCUACAUGACGAAAUAUUCUGAGAACCAUUAUUUUGGCAUAGAUAGUAAAAGAAACGAAUAGCAUUGUUUUUCAUUCAUCUCUAACAGACACCACGAAACAAUCGGACUGAAAGAACACUCGUCUAGCUGUUGAAAAAAAGGGACAUUCAACGACAAUGGCCGCCUCCUUAGUUCUGAAUCAGACUAUACGUAUCCAGGCAUAUCUUGUGACCCCAUCCAAACAACUUGAAAACCAUGCCACAGUCGUCUUUACAUCGUGUAUAGAUUAGAUAUCAUAACAACACAAAGAUAACACUGCAACUGACAUUUUUCUAUAAACAUACUUGUGUCUCAUGUGCCUACGAAAAUAAUAAUAGUAACAAUGUACGAGGAUAUGAAAAAGGCCGAACUAUCUUUAGACGAAGCUAAACAAAUCGUUUUUGAUUACUAUGACCUGAAGGUGAGCCUGAUUAAAGAGUUAAACGGUUACGAUGAUAAAAACUACUACAUAUCAGCUAGAGCGAAAAAUAGCACCGAAGAGCAAGGAUACGUUUUAAAAGUGAUCAAUUCUGAGGAUUCCAAGAACGAGGAGCUCUUUGAGGCGCAAUCUCUUUUAUUGCAACAUUUAGGCAGGAAACGUCUACCGUGUCCUCAACCACUUCUAACAAAUGACAGAAAAUUUCAAGUGAAAGUACAGUUAAAUGGAGUAUACCAUUUAAUACGACUUUUGGAGUACCUAGAUGGAACGGUGUUGAAUAAAGUGACAUGUACAGAAAAGUUACUUUACCAUAUAGGAAAAAUUACAGCCGAACUGGAUGAAGCUAUGACGGAUUUUCAUCAUGAAGCAUACAGCAACCGCAAUAAGUUUCCAUGGAUGCUGGAACUUGCACCAGACAUCAAAAAAUACCUACACACUUUGAAAGACAGUUCAAAAGUAUCCACAGUGCGUGAAGUUUUGAAAGAAUUUGAAGACCGAGUAUUAUCCGUCUGUUCUGACUUCGAAAGAGGUCUCAUCCACGGAGAUAUCAACGAACAGAAUAUUCUAGUAAAACAAUUAGAUGACGGUGAAUAUCGAUUGAAGGGAAUUAUAGAUUUCGGGGACGUGAACAAGAGUUGCUAUUUAUUCGAAGUUGCCAUUGUAAUGACUUACAUGAUCUUGGAGGCUAGAGACCUUGAUGCUGGAGGACACGUGAUCGCAGGAUAUGGAAGCGUCAGGAAGAUUUCAAAUGACGAAUUUGGUUUACUCAAGGUGUGUGUAGAAGCUCGACUUUGCCAAUCGUUAGUGAUUGGAGCUUAUUGCAGUUUGAGAGAGCCUGAUAAUCCAUACAUAUUGUCCACGGCAGCGAAAGGUUGGGAAAUGUUGGAUAAGAUUCGCAGCUAUCCAGAAGAUAAGCUGCUAGACAACUGGAGGGCGAUAUCAGAUCCACACAAGAACUCUAAUUGAAACUUUUAUGAGAAGUCUUUUCACACGUUAUUGGUUAUUCACUUCUGUCAUUAAUGUACACAUUCUACCUGACCAUAUGUCACGUUUAAGCAUCUGGAAGAUACUAGCGCCAUCUGUGGUACAGUAGCAGAACCAAACAGUCUAACUCUUCACUGCUAAAACUAGAGCUAGGAUGCUAAGUUGCAUAAUUGUGUAUUCGUAUAAAGUAUCAACAAAACCUGCCGCAAUCUUUAUGCUGACUACUAACGACAUACUAUUACGUAUAUCGGGAAAACCUGCUUUGUUGUUCAGAAUCGGAGAUGUUUACGUUCAUGAUGACAGCAACAGAAAAAUAUUUAGAUAUGAGGGAGAUGCCACAUGCGCGGAACCUGAAAUUCAUUUCAUGCGCAGUGUACAUACAUAGUUAGGCCCGCCUUUAUGAUCGACGUGAAUUUAAACUUCUUUUCUAGUCUUUGUGCUCUUCUUGUUCUUUUUUACUGGACUAUAUUUCAAGAGUCAUUUUUGUGUCUUAUAGAUGACGUUAGUAUCUUUCAGAUCUGUUUUUGUAUAUAUUAUUUUCAUCGUACCACAGUUGCUACUAUGUCUAAUAAAGGUAAUUUGGUGGAAACUGUUUUUAAAAAAUUUUAAGUGCAUGUGUCCUUGGUGUCCGCUCCGAGACGAUAUAAGAAAAUCCUCGAACCUUUGAUUAAAACGUAUAUUUUACAUUUAACUGUACACCACCUAUCUCUAAAAUAUAGCUCAAUAAUAACAUAGACUUAUACUAUAUUGUAUAUGUAUAAUAAUACACCAUAAGUUUAGAGCUUCAGUCAUAAUAUAAAACGUUCGAGAGAUUGUAUUUGUAGGAGAGCUUAUCGUAUAAUAGAAACGAGAUUCUAAAGGCACAAGAUUUCUGUUAGGAAUGUUCAGGGGUUUGUAAUUCGACAAUCACUUUCAUUGACAAACAAUCCACUUUCGUUCGCACAUAAAAAACAAAGAACUCUUG